AUGAAUGCUUUGCGGUCAGUGAUCAGCACAACGGACGUAGAUCCAGCUUGUAGAGGAGCCUGUAAGAAGGCACUCGAAGCCAACGCCUGCGGCAGUAAUCCAUGGCAAAACCCACAUCUGGAAGGAUUUCGUGCCGAAGCGCUUGAGUAUCUCCGUAAAGAGAAGGAAGGGUACAUGACAACAAACAUUCUGUACCAAUUUUGGAUCCAAGAGGCGUCAAAGAACCGCAAGUUGUGUGAGUCUAAACGUGAUGAGCUGCAGGCCUAA